AGGGGGCUGGAGGACUUGUCUCCUUCUUCUCCUUGUGUCCCACCAGCCUCCCUGCUGGCCUGACCAGGCCCCAUACCCCAGUCUCCCCAGAAACCCCAAGCUGAAGAUUCUGUGGGUCUGCCCCAUUGCUGGGCACAGCAGAGCCUGGAUGGAGGCUUGUCUUCUGCAGUUGCCCCAAAGGUUGCUCUUGCUGGGGGCAGCCGCCCUGACUGCAACUGCUUUGGAGACAGCCGACCUGGCGGACCUGUGCGGGCAGACGUGGCAGGGGGACGGGCUGCUGCUGCGCUCGCAUGCCGCCUCGCUCAGGUUCUACUUCGUGGCUCCGGACACGGACUGCUGGCUCUGGAUGCAGGCGGCGGCCCCCGGCGACCGGAUCCGCUUCCAGUUCCGCUUCUUCCUGGUCUACAGCCUGACCCCCGCGCCCCCGGCGCUCAACACCUCCUCCCCGGCCCCGGCCGGCCCGUGCGCCCCCGGCUCCUACCUGCAGUUCUACGAGGGCCCGCCGGGGGCGCCCCGGCCCCUGGGGUCCGCCCUCUGCGGCCUGACCAUCCCGGUCCCCGUGGCAUCCUCCGGCCCCUUCCUAGGCCUGCGCCUGGUUACGAGAGGCCGCCAGCCCCGCGUGGACUUCGUGGGCGAAGGCACCUCUUUCCGUCUGGGACCUUGUGGUGCCUACUUCCGCUGCCAGAAUGGCAGGUGCAUCCCCUCAAGCCUCGUGUGUGACCCCUGGGGCAUGGACAACUGUGGCGACGGCAGUGACCAGGGCUCCUGGCCACCAGCUGACUGCAGAGGUCCCUCUCCAGUGCCCAGCGAGACAGGAAGUACAGACCACCACACCUCCAGCUCUCCGACUCCCUCUCCAGCUCUUGGGUCCGCAGGAUCCCUCCAGAUUGCAGCUGAGAGGAGUCCCCCAGCAGGCAGGGACCCCACGAGACAGGACACAGCUUUGGAAGGUUACACCCUGCUCCUACUCUCCCUGCCAAAAUCACACCUGUCCCUCUCCAGGUGAUGGAGACAGGGGCAGUGGGCCCAGGCCAAGGCCUGAGUGGACUUUCUCCUCCCACAGGCCCCCAGCUCCAAGGGGUGGUGCUGGCCUCCUCGAUGCUCCUGGCUUCUGCUGGCCUCCUCAUGGGCCUCCUCUGGUGCUGGUGCUCUCCUAGCUGGCUGGCCUGGCAACCUGGCGCCUGUGGCCUCUGCCUCCGCUGCAGCACAUCUGCCAUUUGCUACCCAUGUCCCAGCCAGGUCUCCCCAGGGGGCUGCAGCUGAGUGGCCCAGCCUUCCAGGGUCAGGGAGGCCAUCCCUAGAGGGCUUUGGGCACAUGGGAAUGAGACUAGGCUCUGGGGUCAGACAGACUCUUCGGGUUCUAACCUGGCUCUGUGUCUGAUGUUGGACAGGCCUCUUGACCCUCUGAGACUCAGCUGCCCCUCCAGAAAAUAGGACGAUUCCUGCCUCACAGGGUUGGGGGUCUGGGAGCCUCACUGAUCCAAAAACACCUUGCUUCACCCCCAGAUCUCACCUGCCCCGCUCUGCCCCACCCACAGACUCCACUGAGUGAAGCCCUCAUCAAAGACACGGGAGGCCCCUGGCGGGGAUAGCACCGUUUAUUAAGAAAAAUCAAGACAAAGACCACAGGAGGGUCCCUUCUAGGACACAGAGGCCAGGCGUCCCAACCCCACAGUCUGGGAGCCACUGGCAGGAUGGCACUCGAGCUGGAUCUUCAGGCUCCCGCAGAUGGGGCAGGGUGGUCGGUGGUCAUAUCCCCCUCCUCUCUCUCCCAGUUGUGAGUUCUGCCUUCCCCCACCCAAGGCACUAGCUCUUCCUGGGCACCAGCGGCAUCUGAGGAGUCCCUGGGCCUUCACUUCCAGAUGAGUGGGGAUGUGGCCUGGGGUGGGCAAGGCCCAGUGGGCGGGGCCUUCUCAGUGCUGGGCUCUGCCUGUAGCAGCUCCUGGUAAGAGUUGGGGUGGGUUUUCCCUUACAGCCCCUGAGGGAGGAACCCCGGGCUGUGUGCUGGCAGAAGGGGGUGGGAAUGCAGGCCAGGAGGAGGGCGUGGUAGGAAGGGGAGGCUGCCAGAGGAGGUGCCAGGGGCUGGGUGGAGGUGGGUGGGGGUGCUGAAAAACGAGCUGGUGGGGAUGGGGACCGCCUGCCCAGCGGUGAGCUGCCUUUUGCUCCACAGCCGGCACUAAAGACAAUUCCCAAUCCUGAGUGGGUGGCAGAGGUUCCUGCGAUGCCCGUCUCAGGUAGCUGUGGGGCACCAGCCUACAAGCCGAGGCUGGCUCUCCUAGGAGUGAGAACUGCCCAAGGGCUGCAGAAACAGGCCACCCAGCUCUAUCUUGGGGGCUCCAUUGGUGGGUAGGGGGAGAGUGGGGGCAGUUCUGGGCCCACCCAGCCACCAUUCCUGACCCCAAGUCCUGGUGGCUUUCUGAGGCGCCUACUCCCAUCAAACCUGCCUUGCCCGCCAGCCUUGUGGCUUUGCCCAGCUGUGUGGGUGGGGGUGGCGUGCCCACCUCCAGUCCAGCCCAGGGCGGUAGCAGCAAAGCGUGGCAUCGCCUCAGUUUCUUACAAAAA